AUGGAUUACCCCAGCUCGAAUACCAAUGGCCGCUCAUACUACCAGAUGGAUCCUCAGGUUACGGGUGAUCAGUUGAGCAGCCAUCCAUCACACGACUUGCACAAUGCUGCCUAUCCAGAGUCGGAUCAUCAGCCCGGCAUGGGAUAUACACCCCCACCGCCAGGUGCCUCGUCGUCACAGUCCAACGCUCUUGGGCAAGACUCGAAGCCUUAUCCGCCAUCAGGGCAUAUCCAUGAGGUUGCCUAUCAGACUUCGAAUUUCGGACCAGGUGGAGGGUACUCGCCAGCUGUCGGCAUAUCAACAGUGCCUGCUUCUGAUGUCAUCGACAAUGCCGCAUAUCCCGAAUCAAAUUAUCGGCCAAGCACAGCAUACUCUACUACGCCACCCCCCGGAUCCUCCCAAAGCCAUCCACUGCCUUGCCCCAAACGCCUCGAUAGCGCACCUUCGGUACAGUCCCAAUGGACAAGAGGCGCCCCGUCUUCUUCUGCCGGCAGGCCGUCGGGUGUCGUGUUGCCGCAGCCCACGGGCUCCGAACUGCCGCCGCCACCGUACCAACCUGGAACAGGGGACAGCAGUGCAGCUCCUCGGCAUCGCCCGCCACAGACGCAACCCGCCUCGCCGUCCUAUUCUGGGAACGACGAUUCUUAUGCGGGGCACGAGAUAUUCAACUCCCCGCCGUCAGCAUCAAGUCGUGCCCAGCAGCAGCAGGAAACGAUUCCCAUGACGACGUUUCCGGUGUACCAGAACGCGAUUGGCCACGUCGCGAAUCGCAGCAACGCCUCAUCUGCGCUCGAGCGCGGCUACAAGGAGUACGACCCUGACCAAGCUAGGCUGGAUGAUAGAAAUCGACGCAGGAACAGACGCAAAUGGCUCAUCGGCACGCUUGCCACGACGGUUAUCGUUGCAGCAAUUAUUGGUGUCGUCGUGGCCCUGGUAAAGUUCAAAGUGUUCGAUGAUGACGAUGAUGAUUAG